AUGAGCGCCACUGACUGCGCGAUUGGGCCAUUUCCGCCUAUGUCAUUAACCACUGGUCAUACACUGUCCACCUCCCGGUCAUUCUGCGAGGCAGACGGUCUUCUGAUAUGUGGAGUACACGUCCCAACCAACGCAACCUGUGAAGCACCUGACCAACGCUGCGGAGACACCGAUGGCCAAACACUGACAUCUUUCCACAAGCCAAACCAUGCGGGAGAAUUAGUUAGGUUAUUUAAAAUCGUUUGCAUUUGGGAAGGAUCUGAACCAGUUGAGAGGAUAGUCUUGUCUUUCACCACUGGACGCGGUGAACUCAGACGAGAGCUCCUCGUACACUCGUACGCGCCCACCGGAGUUCGCAUACAGCACAUUGUUUCCAGCUGCUACAGUUUCGAACACCGCAAAACGGGAAAAUGUAAUAUACAACCAAGCCUUGGAGGCAAAGCCAUGUUCAGUUUGUUCGGAAGUCGGGUAGCUACGCAUUGA